CAAACUGUCAAAAACACGUGUUUUUGUUUGUAAGUUCAUAGGUAUUCAAAAUAAAUUGAAAGUAUAAUUAUUAGUUAAAAAUCUUACUGAAGAUUUGUAAUUUAAAAUAAAAAUGUCGGAUACCUCUGAAGAUGAAGAUUUAUCAAAAUUUAGGGAAGCCGUCGAUAACUCCUUUUUAAAAAAUAUUAAUAACACCCAAGCAACUUCUGAACUCAAAUCUAAAGAAAAUGAGACAAAUAAACAAAAAUCUGAGAGAUAUCUGGAGGUGGCCAAUCACUAUAAUGAUGUGAAAGUACCUGAGGAAUUGCAAAGACAAAUUGCAGCAAAAAUAUCCAACAUUAUUGCCAAGAAGAUCAAAUUUGUUGAUAUUGAACCAAAUGGCAUAAAGAAACGUAAAAUCAAAGGUGGUGUGAAGUUAUUUAAAGACUCCGAUAAUUUCUUAUCUUGUGAAGAUCCAAAGGACACGUAUACAGAGAAACAUAAUGCUGAAUCAAAAAGGAUCAAAAGAAAAAAACAACAAAUUGAAGACAGUAAUGUCAAUGAAAUUGAUAAACUAAAGGCUGUUGCUGUGACUGGAGAGUAUGUGUUAUCCAAAGAAGAGACAAAAUGUUGGAAAUCCAGGAGAAAAGAGAAGAUAUUUAAAUAUAAAAAACAUGGCAAAAGCAAAGUACUUACAGCUGUUGAAUAAAUGUAUACUUUUAAAAAUAUUUUUAUAUAUAUUAUAUU